CCCCAGAGUCAUACAGGUUUCAAGCUGCAGAAAUAUAGCUCACAGUUUUAAGGAUGAGUUAAAACUUGCUUCGCUCUAUAAAAUUACCCUUUUAAGAACGUCUAAUUCUUGGUUCUAUUAUUUUUGAUAAUGUCGAAUGGAGAAGAAUACGCGCAAGUUCUCAUUCCUGACAAAGCCGUUGUGAUUUCACGAGAUCGAAGAAGCAUGCUGCCGUCCAUGGGCAAGUCGUCCAACAAUGACGAUACUUCAAGAUGGUUAUCUCUCCUAGCCGUUUUUCUUACCGGAGUCAUCGCCGUUCUCGCGACGAUUGCAGUGGUUCGAUACGAGGGCAAGAUUGGGGAAUAUGAGACCCGUAUCACAGAACUGGAAACGGAUCUGGAUACAUUUUUCCAAGUUUUGUCCGAAGAAAUUGACUACGAAAGGGAGAAUCAUCGGGCCAAGGUGUCCACUACGCAUGCAAAUAACGGUAAGAAAAAAACGGGAGAGGUUGCGAACGAAGAAGAACAAUGGAGACUAAUGGGGGAGGACUUGGAACAUAAAAUUCAUCCACACAGAAAACCAGAGCAGGGAAGCGAAAAACUGCGAAGAAAGCGUCAAGUGCUCGACGACGUUCCGAGAUUUCCUUACCUUCCAAACUCAUUUGGUUCGGACGUUGAGCGGUCGGACGACGGGAUUCCCAUCGUGGACCGAAGUUACCAAGUGAGUUCUGUGAAUACUGGGAGGAGAAGCAGUGCCGGAGGAAGAUUUGUCGGUGCUCCCGUCGUGUCGCCCACCCCGGACAGUGAAGGGCUUCGCUUGUACGAAGGUCUUGUCGAGACAGGAGGAAGAAACGAACCAAAAAGCUUAGACUUUGGCAGCAGUAGCAAUAACGACGACGAGCUCAGCCCACUCCUUCCGCACCACAAAGUGUCGGCAGCCUGGUCGGAAAAGGGGGCUUCCAACCCCCCCUCGAGACUCCAGCUCAGAUCCGGAGACGCUGAGAAUGUUGAUCGCUAUGGUGGACCACGAUUUGCGAAUGAGUUGACGUACACGAGAUCCAGACCGACGGCUCGUUACACGGGACCAGCCAGACCAACGACGAGACCGGUGUCGUCCUCCCGUCCCCAGGCGGGUGCCACGUAUCACCGCAACUCCAGAGUGGCUGCCACCUACUCGUCAGGAAUUGACAACUACGGGGGCGGAGGGGGAGCAAGGGUCGCUCCAACGGCCGCUGCAAGAACGACGCGACGGAGGAAGGUGAAUCAGGGAGGCGUGGAGGAAUAUCCACCACUCAGAACGAUGGGAUAUGGACAAGGAGAGGUGAUUGCUCGCGUCAUCCAAGACGAGGACCGUCAACCACAGCAGCAAUAUCAACAACAGCGACGCUCACAGCAGGUAGAUCGGAAACCGGGCGCAUUGAGGAGUCAACAACAGUAUUUGAGCCGACGGCCAGUUGAAACGUUUCGGAGACCGGUAGCGCCCCCAACGGAACAUCCGUCCGGCUACAGUGAACGCUCUGGACCACUCAAUGUCACAAUUAACAGAAGUGUACCCUUCGGCACGUAUUAUUCCAGUGCGAGGGGGAACUGGGACACCAACACGUACCAGCAACAGACUCAAAGAUACAGCAACAGAUAUUAAGAUUCAGAUAUUAAGUUAGCGUUAAACGGUUACAUACAUAAGAUAUUUACUACUUGGGUAGGAAUUUAUGUCUAAAAAUGAGUCUUCAAAGAUUUAGCUUAAUUGAUUAUUUUUGUAACAUUGAUCAUUAUUGUAUGAAAGUCCUAACAUUUAGAAAAUACAUGAUAAGGUAUUAUUGUCAUCGUGUUGUUGCAUUCAUAUGUAUACUGUUAAUUACUGUUAUUAUUGUUAUUACUUAAAAAGAGUGAAUAUAAUAUUACUGUUCAAUUAAACAUAAUAUUCAUACUCGACGUGUCUAAUGGAAUAAAAUCCUAUUUUUCAAACAAGUUAA